UUAGUACACUUAAGAAAAUUUGCCCUAUAUACAAAUGCACGUUUGCAAUUUAACAUUUGUAUAUAUUUCAGAGAAUUCAAGGCGAAUCAAAGUUUGUCAUCAGCGAUGUGUCUGCUAUAAUUGCGACUUAAUGCAGGAAAUAAGAAAGUCGUCAAUAAUUAUACAUAAUGGUGUCAACCAUAUAAUAAAUUACCUCGAAUCGGGACAUGAAGUCAGAUCAAAUUUAGCAUCUGACACAACAAGUCACGAAACUCUGCCGAAGCAACCUUUAAAAUCACAAAGGAAAGUAAGCCGACGGGGUGGAAAGGAUUUUGCAGCAGCCUGUAGAGCAGUAAUGUCACUUAUUAUGACAGAUACCUUAGCAAGGGAGUAUUCGUGGAAAGGCGUGAAAGGAAACAGAAAAUUUGAAGACAAAAAUAUAGCAGCAACUGUUAUAGGAGAAAUUCUGAAAAGUUUUCCAACAACCACGGAAAGUGCGAUUGAAGGAGUUAUUGCGGAUUGGUUCAGGAGGACUGGAGAUCGAAUUAAACGAAACAUUUCAAAAGGUGGACGUGCUUAAUAACUGGACGAAAC